UCAUUUUAUUUUAUUUUAUAUCUUAGAUGAUAAACAAAUUAUUAUUAGGACAUUUAACGUGCCUUUUUUUAACGUAAAUUACCCAAUCUGAUGGAAAACGGCAGAUAAAUAUACCUAUAUAUUUUUUUUUUCGUUAACUUCGUUGUAUUCAUUAACGUCAUUUCGAGGAAAGAAGCCAUUUUACGAACGUUCUCUCUAUCUCUCUCUCUCUCUUUCUCUCUUUCUCACACAUGUACACAUACUUUGCAUGGUGUCAAAUCGACGUUUCAUAUCAACUCUAAACGUUCAUACAAAGUUUAUUAUUAUUACUCGUUUAUUAUAAUUACUCGUUUAUUAUAGUCGUUGCCAUCUUUCCAGUGCCCAUUGGUUCGUUCAUUGUGUGACCUAGAGAAUAUUAUAAGUUCCCUGAGCUCGUCUUUUGAUUAAACUUGAAACAUAUUGUGUGUCAUCAUGUCGAAUUAUUGGAAUAGCAUAACGUAAGAAUUUUUCUGUGUUAUCAUUUAAAUGUAUUUAAUUGUGAAAAUUCAGUAAUUGUUCGAUUGGAAAAAUCGUUGCCAACGGUACAAAAUGAAAUUUAACGCAGCACUUGUCUCUUAUAGUUCUAGCUUUUUACGAAUUUCUAGUUCUUUUUCGAUUUUAAAGAAAUAUUUCGUUGUCUCAAUUGUUUUGUCUUUUCCAAUUUUCAAAUAUCAAAAAUAAGUUACGUACAGAUCAUGUCUCAAAAAAAAAAAAAGAAAAAAAAAAAAUAAGAAAGUAUCUCGUUCUAACGGUGCAAAAAUAUGCAUGUAGUACGUGACCGCGUCGUAUAAGAUUUUAUGUUAAUUGCGCAUUUGACUGGAUAAUAUCGAAAAACUGACGCCGUGCAUUCUGGGUAAAAUUUCCGUGAGUAAUAAAAAUGGCUGUCUUAACAACUAUUUCCGUUUCGUAAUUUACUUAAAGAUGUAUAGUAUAUACGUAAUUAAUAUGAGAAGAAAAAUGAAAGAUUUGAAUCAGAAAAAUAAUAUUAUAUAAAGGACAAGAUAUAUUUUGGUUAAUUUUUAUAGUAAAAAUAUAUUUUUUGAUUUGUUAAAUUUAUUUGGGAGGAUAAAGAAGUGUGGAGGAAGUUUGAGGGCGCUGUAGUCGAUUAGUAGGGGACAGGUCGAACGUUGCAUGCUGGGACGACGGAUGGGGGAGGGCGAAAGAACGAGUGAGAAUCUUACAAAAUGGAGACGAAGCUGAGGUCUGUGAACAUAUAGUACGAUAAAAUUCAAUAACUUUGCACGAUGUCGCGACGCUGUACAUCAUUAGUCGAUUAAUAUUGCGAACACGUGUGCGCGAAUUAGUUUAUUUUUCUUAAAUUAACGUGAUAUUGUGCGUGGUGCUUCAUUUAUUCGAGAUUCGAUGCGACGCGUAGACGAUAUGAUGCAGAAAACAUUUGACUCUGAAUCCGGUAAGGAAUCUGGCUCAGAUUCUGAAAAUGAAAGUAAAAGCGAUAGUUCCUCUUCUGGAAGCAAUUCAGCAUCUGGCUCUGGCUCAGAUAGUGACUCUAGUUCCUCGAGUGGCUCCGGUUCAGGAUCAGGUUCAGACUCUGAAAAAUCAGAGCAAUUGGAUGCACCUGCACAGAGUGAUAGUUUACAAAGCAAAUCUUCUAAUCACAGCACAGAAACAAAACUUAGGCUUAAAAAUGAGUCUAGUCGUGAAUGGGACGAGAAUCCUGAUAUUUAUGGCAUUAGGAGAUCUGGACGUUCUAGAAAAGAGCCAGAGAGGCUUGCAACCCAGCGCGAAAGCGACAGUGAAGGUCGCAAGAGAUAUAAGAAAAAGAGUUCACACAAUUCAUGGAAUUCUGAAAGCUCUGAAUCAGAAUCUGAUGAAGCUGAAAAUAGACGACCACCACCUAGCAAAUCUUUAAACAGGCGUGCAGCACAAAAAGCUAAGGAAAAAGCUAGAACACGUAAAAAGCGAAUUUCUGAAUCUUCUGAUAAUUCAUCAUUUGACAGCGAUGAUAACAGAAGGCAAGUUACAAGAAGAACAGGUACCGCUGUUAGCUAUAAAGAAGAGAGCGAAGAAGGUACUGAUAGUGAAGACUUGGUGGAAGUCGAUGAAGCGGCACCUGCUAAUGCAGAACCUGAUAAUGCGGAAACAAUUGAAAAAAUUAUAAGACAAAGAAUAGGGAAAAAGGGUGUUACAGGAAAUGUAACCACAAUUUAUGCAGUAGAAGAAAAUGGCGAUCCUAAUCCGAAGAAUUUAAGUGGAGAAGAAACUGAAAAACAAUAUUUAAUUAAAUGGAAAGGAUGGUCGCAUAUACAUAAUACGUGGGAAUCGGAAGAUUCUUUAAAAGCACAAAAGGUUAAAGGGUUAAAGAAAUUAGAUAAUUUUAUUAAACGCGAACGAGAUAUAAAACAAUGGAGAGAAAAUGCAGGACCUGAGGAUAUCGACUAUUUUGAGUGUCAGUAUGAAUUGCAGCAAGAACUUUUAAAAAGUUAUAACAAUGUGGAAAGAAUUAUUGCUGAAUACAAUAAGCCAGAUUCGGGACAUCCUGAUUAUUACUGUAAAUGGGAAAGUUCAUCGUAUGCCGAUUCUACGUGGGAAGAUGGUGCAUUGAUAAUAAAAAAAUGGCCCGAGAAAAUCAAAGAAUUUCGUGAUAGAGAAGAUUCUAAAAGAACACCAAGUAAGCAUUGCAAAGUGCUUAGAACUAGACCUAAAUUUCAUCAAUUGAAAGGCCAACCUGAAUAUAUGGGAAAAGGAAAAGAAUUAGUCCUAAGAGAUUACCAAAUGGAUGGGCUAAAUUGGAUGAUUCAUUCUUGGUGUAAAGAAAACAGUGUCAUUUUGGCAGAUGAAAUGGGCCUCGGAAAAACAAUACAAACUAUAUGCUUCCUUUAUUAUCUAUUUCAUACACAUCAACUUCACGGACCGUUUUUAUUAGUAGUACCUCUUUCAACAAUGACUUCCUGGCAAAGGGAAAUGGCCCAAUGGGCACCUGACAUGAAUUUUGUUACUUAUUUGGGUGAUGUAACAUCUCGAAAUGUAAUACGAGACCACGAAUGGUGCUAUAGUUCUAAAAGAUUAAAAUUUAAUGCAAUACUUACAACCUACGAGAUAGUACUUAAAGAUAAAACAUUUUUGGGUGCCUUAAAUUGGGCAGUGCUUUUAGUCGACGAAGCUCAUAGAUUAAAAAACGAUGAUUCUCUCCUUUAUAAAGCUUUGUCCGAAUUUCAUACCAAUCAUCGUCUUUUAAUAACCGGUACUCCACUACAAAACAGUUUGAAGGAAUUGUGGGCUUUGCUUCACUUUAUAAUGCCUGCCAAAUUUAAUUCUUGGGAAGAAUUUGAAAAGGAACACGAUAAUGCUGCACAGAAAGGUUAUUCUAAGUUACAUAAACAAUUAGAACCUUUUAUUUUAAGACGCGUUAAAAAAGACGUAGAGAAGUCCUUGCCAGCUAAAGUCGAACAGAUUCUACGCGUAGAAAUGACGUCCUUGCAAAAACAAUAUUACAAGUGGAUAUUGACCAAAAAUUACAAUGCUUUGCGCAAGGGUGUUAAAGGCUCGACUAUGACAUUUCUUAACAUAGUAAUAGAAUUGAAGAAAUGUUGCAAUCAUGCUUUCUUAACUAAACCGACUGAAAGUGAAAGAAAAGAUAAUAAUGAAGAUUAUCUACAGCAAUUGAUCAGAGGUUCAGGAAAAUUGGUACUUUUGGAUAAACUUUUAGUCAGACUUCGUGAAACCGGACAUAGAGUAUUAAUAUUUAGUCAAAUGGUUAGAAUGUUGGAUAUUCUGGGAGAAUAUCUACAAAAACGACAUUUUCCAUUUCAACGAUUGGAUGGAAGUAUAAAAGGUGAAUUGAGAAAACAAGCCUUAGAUCAUUUUAAUGCCGAAGGUUCGCUAGAUUUUUGUUUUUUACUAUCAACGAGAGCUGGUGGACUUGGAAUUAAUCUUGCCACUGCUGACACAGUAAUUAUUUUUGACUCGGAUUGGAAUCCACAAAAUGAUUUACAAGCUCAAGCUAGAGCUCAUAGAAUCGGACAGAAAAAUCAGGUUAAUAUAUACAGAUUAGUGACAAAAAAUUCUGUCGAAGAAGAAAUAGUUGAACGAGCGAAACAAAAAAUGGUACUUGACCAUUUGGUUAUCCAAAGGAUGGAUACAACUGGAAGAACAGUUUUGGAUAAAAAGAAUGCGGGGACCAAUAAUAAUCCAUUUAAUAAAGAAGACUUAAAUGCCAUUUUAAAAUUCGGCGCGGAAGAAUUAUUUAAAGAUGAAGAGGACGGCGAUGAAGAACCUACGUGCGAUAUUGAUGAAAUUUUAAGAAGAGCUGAAACCAGGGAUGAAGGACCUGCUACUGUAGGAGAUGAAUUGUUGUCUGCAUUUAAAGUAGCAAGUUUUGCCGCAUUCGAAGAAGAAUCAGAACCUGUCAGCCAACCUAACGAUAACGAUGAUGAAAGUAAAGACUGGGCUGAGAUAAUACCCGAAAACUUCCGUAAAAAGAUUGAAGAAGAGGAGAAGUCUAAAGAAAUGGAAGAUCUUUACCUUCCGCCUAGAAGUCGUAAAACUCUUCAACAAAUCAAUCAAACUGGAGAUGGGAAAGGUAGAAAAAGAAAAAAGACACCAGAUGACAGCGAAGAGGAACAAGAAUCUGGCAGCGAAGUUGAAGGUAGCGACGACGAAAGACCUAAAAAGAGAGGAAGACCAAGAGUAACACCUCGCGAAAAUAUAAAGAGUUUUACAGAUGCGGAAAUUCGAAAAUUUGUGAAAAGUUAUAAGAAAUUUACAGCACCUUUGAAAAGAUUAGACGACAUUGCUGCAGAUGCUGAAUUACAAGAGAAACCAAUGUCAGAGUUACGUUAUUUGGGUGAACAGUUGCAAUCUCGUUGUGAGGCUUGCUUAUCUGAAUUUGAGAGCACUGCCAAAGAGAAUAAAGGCGAGGAGGAGGGUAAAGGACCUGGUCGUAAAAGAGGAAGAGGUCCUACGUUUAAAAUGGGUGGCGUUAUGGUAAACGCUAAAUCAUUUUCUGCUGCUGUCAAAGAAUUGGAACCUUUAGAUCAAGCACUUCCCUCAGAUGCUGAACAAAGGGCUAAUUGGCAUCUUGAUAUAAAAGUUAAGCCAGCUAACUUUGACUGCGAUUGGAGUAUCGAAGAUGAUUCUAGACUUUUGAGAGGGAUAUACCAACAUGGUAUGGGCUCUUGGGAAGCUAUCAAAACAGAUGCUAGCUUAAAACUUACUGAUAAAAUUCUUCCUAAUUUUAGUAAGGUUCAGUUCAAACGAGUAACUGCUCGUGCUGAAUACUUAUUAAAAGUUCUUAAAAAGCAAAUGGAUUUCAAGCAUGGCGUGACACGAACAAGGAAACCUAGAAAACCAAAAGAAGUUAAAACCGCAAUUACAAAAGAAAUUAUUGAAGAGAAUGAUAGUUCGGGAGAAGAAAAUAAAAAGCUUAAGAAAAAUAUCGAUAAAACGCCAGUAAAGAAAGAAGAAGACGUUAUCGUUAAAAAAGAAAUUAAAGAAGAACCCGAAGAAGUGUCAGAAGAAAAGAAAAAAGAAAAGAAAGUUAAGAAAGAGAAGAAGGAAAAUAAAAAGGCUAAAAAAAGUAAACAAACUGCUGGACCUAUGCAUUUCACAGCUAACAACGAACCACGAGCUCUUGACGUUCUUGGUGAUCUAGAUCCAUCUAUAUUUAAUGAGUGUAAAGAAAAGAUGCGUCCAGUAAAAAAGGCUUUAAAAGCUUUGGACAAACCAGACGAAUCGUUGAGCGCGGAAGACCAAGUUACUCACACACGCCAAUGUUUGGUUCAAAUUGGAAAUCAAAUAAAUACUUGUCUCGCAGAAUAUAGAGAACCAGUGCAAAUAAAAGAAUGGCGAAGCAAUUUAUGGUACUUUGUAUCAAAGUUUACAGAAUUCGAUGCUAAAAAGCUCUAUAAAUUAUAUAAACAUGCAACAAGAAAGAGUAAUGGGGAUAACAAUGUGAAUGUGAGUUCUAGUCCCGAGAAGAAGGAAGAGGCAAAUAAUUCUAAGAAACACGAAAAAUCUUACGACAAGCACAAUGAUAAACAGCUAGUAGAUUCAAGUAAUAAAGAAUCACGUCAAUUAAAACGUAGAAUUGAUGAUGUGGAAGAAAAUUCUAAUAGCAGUAUACCAAGUAAGAAACAUGUUAACACAGCUAUUAAUGCUAUGAGCAAUAUUAGCAACACUUCGGCUGUUACUAUCGGUACUAUUACGAUAACUCCUAUAACAUCAACUGCAAAUUCUACAUCGAAUACAACUAAUACUACGGAUACGUCAAGGCAUAAAGAGCAAAAAGAUGCAAAGUCCAAAGAUAUGAAACGGGAUCGGGAACGAGACAGAGACAGAGAUAGAAGUCAUAAUGACAGAGGAAUGGACAGAUUAAGUUGCGUAAAAGAUGAACGCAUCAGAAGGGAUAGCGGUGGUUAUAGCAUGGGUGGAGGACAUUAUAGCGGUAGUAGAGACGACGAUCACUGGUUAUUACCUAGAGAUUCCAGAGAUAUGAGAGAUGGAAGAUUUGCAGACCAUAAACGUGAUAGAUUCGAACCCUAUGGACGAUUAUCUAGUGGAUAUCAUCGGGACAGAGAACGAGACAGAGAUCGUGGCAUGCACAUAAACGAUAAAAGAAGUGAUUAUUACAGAUAUCCAUCUGGACCACCUAAUUACGGUUACGGUCCAGGUAGUUACGCAAGCGGAGGUGGUGGUGGAUACGCACCUAAUGAUAUGCCACAAAGUCAUUUUAGAGGUCGAGGUUAUCCUGGAGACAGUUAUUCGAAUGAAUGGCGACCUAGCAAAGAUUACAGAAGAGAUUAUGAUAGGAGGCCACCACCACCAAAUGCCAAUUCCUAGUGCUCCUCUUUUCGGGCGUUCUUGUGUAUUGUCAAGCAAGUGUAAAACUUUGUUGAAACAUCAUAUAAUUUUACACGAAAACAGCACUUUAAGUAGUGAUAAUUAACAGAAAGGAAUUAUGUGUUAAGUGUAUUUAAUAUUCAAUAUAUAUAAUCCUUCCUGUUAUUUAGCACCACUUGUGAUUUGUAGCUAUGUAAAAAGUCGAUUAUCCUCCACUGCUUACUUAACACGCAACAAAAAUAAUUUUAUUAAGAUUGGCAAGCGCGAUCGUAUUUAAAACAUAUUUCAAUGAUAUAUGAUAGAUUGG